GGGACGAGCCGGUGUCCCGGGAGCUGCCUCAGACCCUCCCCACAGCCCUGCCUGAGGGGUCCGGGCUGCGCUGCCCCUCCCGAUGGCCCGGAGAAAGCAGAAGUGGUCCGUGGAUCCACGGAACAGCGCUUGGAGCAACGAUGACUCCAAAUUUGGCCAGAAGAUGCUGGAAAAGAUGGGCUGGUCCAAAGGAAAGGGUCUCGGGGCUCAGGAGCAAGGAAAUCCAGAACACAUCAGGGUUAAGGUGAAAAACGACGUGCUGGGAUUAGGAGCUACCAUCAAUCAUGAGGACAACUGGAUUGCUCAUCAGGAUGACUUCAACCAGCUUCUGGCUGAGCUGAAUAACUGCCAUGGACAGGGUGAAACAGAGUCCUCAGUGAAAAAGCAGAAAAAGACAUUCAGCCUUGAAGAAAAAUCCAAAUCUUCCAAGAAACGUGUCCAUUAUAUGAAGUUUGCCAAAGGUAAGGAUCUCUCAUCCCGCACUGAACAGGACCUGUCCUGCAUUUUUGGGAGAAGGCAGAAGAGUGCCAAGACCCAGGAGGAUAUUGCUGAUCCUGAUUCCCAGGAAGAGAAGGAGAGGAACAACUGGCUUUCCAGCCCUGGAGAUGGUUCCAAUACAGUGAAGAGUGCUCUCACUGUCCAGGAAUAUUUUGCCAAGCGCAUGGCAAAGUUGAAGGGAUCCCAGCAGGAAACAGAACCAAAGGUGGAUCAUUCCAGCCCAACAGCUGACGAAGCUGUGGAGCCUUCAGAAGAGCUGGAAACCAAAGUCAAAAAGAAAAAGAAGAAGCAGAAGAGAGAUGGUGAAGCAGAGAGGACAGAGGACUGUGAGAAACCAGGGAAAAAGCCUAAGACAGGGAGCUUGAAUGGAAAAGAACUGGAUGAUCCACUGAAUGAAUGUCACAAAAGGAAAAAAAAGAGGAAACAUAAAGAGGAGAACGAAGGAGAAAACAUCAGUUGUGAUGAAAAUACAGGCAAUGGAGAAAUUUCUGUGGGAAUGUCUGAGGGGGAGGAACUCAGCGCAGAGGAGCAGGAGGAAGGGCAGAAGAAACGCCACAAGAAGAAGCACAAAAAGCAAAAAGAGGAGACAGAGGAGUGUGGGGAAGGAGCACCCAGAAAGAAAAAGAAGCACUGCAAGAACAUUUAACCCUUUCAGGCUCAGGGGUGAGUCUGUGUUAGAGGAGGCUCUGUGCACAGCAACAAUCCAGGCUUGGACACUGCUCCAGCUCCAGCUGGGACAGGUUGGAUCUAAACUCAGGCUGGAUCCAAACUCAGACUGGAUCUAAACACAGGCUGGAUCCAAACUCAGACUGGAUCUAAACACAGGCUGGAUCUAAACCCAGGUCUCCCAAGGGAAAAUGUGGUGAUGGGCCGACAGGAGCUUCAGUGCCAUGUUCAAAAGGGAGGAUCAGCACAUCAGGACUUUGAAAGGCAGGGGAUGACUUUCUGCUGCUUCACCUGUGUUCUUCUCAAUCCAGGAUAAAAAAAUUUAAAAUCACCUUAGUACUGCCUUUUUAUUAAAAUUGUUUUUACUCGUGAGAGCCCAGCUCUGCUUCUGGAAGCAGGAGGGGGUUUGCAAAGCUGUGUUUUUUCAUUGAUUUUUGAAAAGUGGUGUCUAAUUUUUACAUUCAUCUCUUUUUACAUAUAAAAUGAAUGUUGUUUCUUCCCAAAAUGCUUACUCUGAUUAAAAGUUUGCUCCUGAGUGUCAGCUCUUAAGGGUGAAAUAAAAAGACCUCCCUGUGCCUCCAAACCAUUGUCAAACAGUUGUUACUUUGCACCAAAGCUAAAGGAAAUGUGUAUUUACCUUAUCAUUUAUUAACCAUACCUAAAUCUUUGAUUUCCAGGCCAUAUUCAGGAUCUCUUCACUGGUACCUCUUACCUCUGGAAUCCAGAAAUAUCUGCCUUGGAUAGAGAAAGGUUUUUUUCCUGAAACUGGGACACCAACAGAUUUUAAAAGCACAGUCAGAUUGCUGUUGCCAUUCACACAUUGAAAACUUACAGUUUGGAUUUAUAACCAAACUAGAGCUUGGUUCUCAUUGUAAGCCUGGAAAUAAGGAAUGCUGGAACUGGGCACUGCCACAAGCAGUUUUGUGGGAGAUCUGAAACAUUCAGUAUGAAUUUUGGCAUUUUAAUGUUACUCAGAGCUGUCAGAAGACACAGGUGAGCUUGGAAGUGGUGGAAUGGGAAGAAGGAUUCCUCUUCCUGGUGUCCUGUUCUGAUAUUUCUUUGGCCACACCAAACUGACAGCACAAUCCUGAACACCAGCCAGUUAUCCUGGCAGAAUCCAGAAUCCAAAUCCAUGAGCUUCUCAUUUCAUCCAGGCCUGGCUGGGUUUCAUCAGUGUAAAUCUAAAACAUCCCAUUGGCUGCUCUGCUGAAGAAAAUGGGUACAUUUUUAUAUUGUCUCAGCUCAGUGGAGUUGCUUAACAUGGUCUGAGGGACAUUGUCAAGAUGCAGAUGUUAAUAGGGAAAAAAAUUUCCUUAAGCUGCCUUUAUUGUGCAGUGGAGGAAGCUCCAUCUGCAGCAACCAGACCACAUGGAUGGUUUGGUUGCAGCUCAACUCCUCUUUUUGCAAUCUCUUGGUUUCUAAAGCACCAUUUUUUUCCCCUGCCUUCAGGACAUGUUCAUUCACUGCAGCAAAAUGAAGUUUCACUUCUUGUAUAGGAGAACAAGAUGCCUUUCCCUGGAUUUCACAUGCCAGGGUUUUAACCCUUGUUGCAUCUCCUUUUCAGGCUGUACAAUUAUUAUUCACCAUGAUCUGCUUGUCCGUGGCUUCCUUAAAUUAAAUACCACCACAUACCAUCAGUUAUUGUCAAACUGGGAAGAAACUCUAUGCUUGAGGUGAAAAAAUCAUCUUCUCAGUGACAGAAGACAGCAAAAUAAUGUUUUAUGUUAAACUGAAGCAUCCCUCCUGAUUUCUUGAUCACCACAAGUCAGAAUUUUUGUUAUUAGGUUCCAAAAGCCUGAUUGUUUCCAAUUAUUAUUUUUUAACUCUUAAGCCAACUAAACUUGACAGCCUCUCUGGGAUUUCAGUUUAAAAAGGUGCUACUCAAGGAAUAAGGUUUCCUUCUCUAGAUACUGUUGGGCUUGUUUGUUUGUUCCCUCUGUGAAUUUUCAUGUGUUUCUUUGUGCUGAUUCUUGUGGGUGCUUGGCCAAAUUCCAGUGUCAGUUACAGGAAGAAUAAAACCAGGCAUAAACCUUUAAAUUUGUACUGUUGCUCCUAUUAAACUCAGGAUACCCAAGACUUAAAUCUGGCUCAGAUGGAAAUACCAGCUACCAAUGGAAGAGUCUCUAUUUCUGCAAUAAAUACACGGCACUUUUUCCUGGGAAAUGUGGAAUUUUAAUGUGCCCCAAGCUCUGCAUGUGGUUGUAGGAGGGGAAAAUCAUAAUAAAUAAAUAAUCAUAAAUCAUAAAUUGCUUGCAUUUGACAGAAACAAUUGAUUUAACUGCUCUGCUCUGUGUUUGUGGUCAACAUUACUCAGUGAAAAGCUCUUCUUACCAGAUACUGUCCAGUAAAAUGGAUGAUUGGAACAAGAGAAACAUGUCUCAGAGUAAUAAAUUACAUAUAUAUAUAUAUAUUUUUUGUUUGCUUCUAGUGGGUUUUGAAUUCUGUUUUAACCCAACUCUGGGUUUGGCAAGAAGGCCUUUUUUAGAAAGCACAAGAAAAAGAAUUACGUCAGUGCCCAGAUGGUGGAAUUAGCAGAAUGUGAACACAAAGGAACGACUUGGUUUCAUUUCCGCGAAAAUCAGACUUUCAAACUCCGAGGCCUUUUGUUAUAAAUUCAUCCAUUGUACUCACAGAAUGAGAUGGCUCCCAGUGAAAUUACCUGGACACCAAGGAAAAUGAGAGUCCUCGCUCUGCUGUCGCUCCCCAACAGGGAACGAGGCACGUGCAGCACAGAUAUUAAAAUGUUUUCAGUUUUGGUAACCCCGGGUCAGCAGUGACUGAAGGAAAUUUUCCUUUUUGCUUUGGGAACAUUCCAACACUGGUUUCUCCUGAGCUGUUCCAUUCUUUGCAGGCAUAGGGCUGUUCUUGGCUUUGAGGCUCAGAAUUCACUGUGGGAUCCACGGCCAAGGAUGUGAUUGGCAAGUGCAAUGUUAGAGCAGCAAUCACAGAGGUUGAAUUGUGCUUGUAAACACCUGCAGCCACCAAACUACCCUGGGAAGCAGAGACCAUGAAAAAAUAGUCCUGGUACCAUUGUUGGACCCAAAUCUGUGUGAGUUUUGUCUGACUGUGGAGCUUUCCUUGAUGCCAGGGAUGGGAGAUGGCACUGGAGCACCUCAAGUGACAGCCCUGACACGUGGUAAAGGCAGAAUUACUUGAAUUUCCUCCCAAGAUGUUCCAGCUCUGAUGCUUCACACAGAGCCAGUGUAAAGCAGAGGUAGAAUUGUAGAAUCAUGGAGUCAUUAAGGUUGGAAAAGCCCUCUAAGACCAUCGAGUCCAACCAUUCUCUCAGCACUGCCAAGGCCACCACUGACCCAUGUCCCCAAGUGCCCCUUGGUAACAACCAGGGUUUUUUAAAGCAUAAACGCAAGACACCAUUAAAGAUUUCAGAACCACCUGUGCUUGUGUCUAAGUGAAUUUGAGUCCACUGGGAUGCAGCUGCUUUGCGAAUGGAAGAGUCUGGAGCAUGUCCAGGCCAGGGAACAGAGCUGAGGAAGGGGCUGGAGCACCAGGAGGGGCUGAGGGAGCUGGGAAAGGGGCUCAGC